AUGGCCAUCUUUCACACCGGCAGCGAGCUCUUCAUCAUCACCCGCGGCCCCGGAAAACUCACCCUCCUCACCUGGGGUGGUCUCAACAACCUCCGCAGCGUCAUCGGCGCCAUCCCCACCGAAAACACAGGCGUCACCAAAUGGGCCGUCUCCUUCAGCCACAACUACACCCGCUUCUCCUUCAUCUGGGAGGGCCAGGGUGAGGCGUGCUAUCAAAUCGGCAAUGGGCUGACUAGGUCCCCCGUUGGCCGCAGCUGGUCCAGCUCGAGCACUAUCCAUUGGGGAUCGUCGACUGUGAUUACGGAGGAUGUUACGUCCGUCGUUCCGGGGGCGGUUAAUAGGGAUAAGGUCACUACCGCUUAUGCCCUCCCGGAUAACCUUUGA